AUGGAAGCCUUCAACAUCGUCGAAGCCAGCAUCGACGACCACCGGAGGGCGCUGAACGAUGGCGUCGUCACCAGCGUUCAACUGGUGGUCAUGUAUCUCCUACGCAUCGCCAAGUACGAUAUCAAGGAUGGACUACAUGCUUUUACGCUGAUCAACAACAACGUACUUGAAGAAGCUCGAUUCUCUGACGAGCGACGAGCUAGCGGCCUCUCACCACGACCUCUAGAAGGAAUCCCGUACACACUAAAAGACAGCUACAAGUACGCUGGUCUAACCGUCACCAAUGGCUCACCCGCUCUGGAAGGGCUCAUGUCGAGCGAGGACUCGUACGUAGCGUUCAAACUACGUGAAGCCGGAGCUGUGCUGCUGGGAAAGACCAACAUGCCACCCAUGGCCGCUGGAGGAAUGCAGCGAGGCUUAUACGGGCGUGCAGAGAGCCCAUACAAUCGCGACUAUCUCACCGGCGCCUUUUCGAGCGGCUCUUCCAAUGGCGCCGCAACUUCGACAGCCGCGAGCCUGGCAACGUUCGGCAUGGCGUCCGAGACCGUCAGCUCGGGAAGGUCGCCUGCUUCAAACAAUGGCCUCGUUGCCUACACCCCUUCUCGUGGCAUCAUCUCCUGUCGAGGACUAUGGCCCCUCUACGUGACUUGUGACGUUCCGGUGCCAUACGCGCGCUCAGUGAAGGACAUGAUCGAAAUAGUCAACAUUAUUGCCGAGCCCGAUCCCAUUACCGCUGGCGAUUUCUGGAGGCAUCAACCACACAUCCAACUUCCCCCACUGGAGAAACCGCAAUACCAGCCUUCUUCCUGGUCUCAAUCGCUAUCAGGAAAACGGAUCGCGGUCCCCAAACGCUACAUCGGCGGCGUAGACUCGCAUCCGAACGCGAAGGCUUCCGUGGUGAGCGCGGCCUGCAUCGAGACCUGGCAACAAGCCCGCGCGGACCUCGAAGCCCUCGGGGCCACGGUGAUAGAGACCGACUUUCCGCUCGUGUCCAACUAUGAAGACGACUCAGUCUCUGGCGAAGCCAACAAUGUCCAAGGCGCUCCAGAAUGGUGGAACUCGUACGAGCGUGGCGCACUCUGUGCGAAAGCGUGGGACGAUUUCCUAAUCGCCAACAACGACCCCCGCCUCAACACCAUCACCGCCGUCAACCCCCACCUCCUCUUCCCCAAACCCCCCAACUACAAGCCCGACCACUUCCUCGAGCGCAAAAACUGGAUCGACUACGCCUCCCUCCCCACGCUAGCCCAAUCCCUCGCACACCAACAACCCAUCCACUCCCUCCCCGGCACAGCCCAGACCCUCCCGGCCCUCGAAGCCCAACGCAAACGCGACCUCGAAGCCUGGCUGGACUUGCACGCCUUCGCCUGCGUCGUCUUCCCCGCGCAGGGCGACGUCGGCCCCGCGGACCUCGAGUUCAAUCUGGAAAGCGCGCGCGCCGCGCUGCGGAACGGCGUGAAAUACUCGCACGGCAACCGCGCGCUGCGCCACCUGGGCGUGCCGACCGUGAGCGUGCCGAUGGGGACCCUGGCGGAUCGAGGAAACAUGCCCAUCAACUUGACGUUUGCGGGGAGGGCGUACGAGGAUGAGGAGUUGCUGCGGUAUGCUUAUGCCUUUGAGCAGUGGGGGAAGAGGCGCGUGGCGCCGGCGGCGACGCCGGCCUUGCCGACUGAUACGGUCACAGGUUCAGGAGGAGGAGGAGGAGGAGGGGCGCCGGGAUUCGUUUCCAAUACCAACGUGAUGGUGACGGCCACGGCGGAGAAGCUCGCGGAUGGGCAUGUCGCGGUAGCAGGCACCGUGUCUAGUUCGGACGUCCCCGGCGACGUGGGCAUCAUCGUGUACUUCAACGGCCAGGCCAGUGCGAAUGUCAACGUCAACAUCGAAGACGGACAAUGGGCCGUAACAGGGGACCAGGUGCCCUACGACACCGUCCGGCUGGACUGGAGUUUGAAGCCGAUGAAGCCGCCCCCUAUCAUGGUGCUGGUGGUGGCGCAGAGUCAGGGCCGGACUGUGGCGGCGAAGCUGUUGUGGGUUUGA